AUGGACUGCAGAGAAAAUCUUCAAACAACUAUCACAAACACAGAAUAUCGUGGCCCUCUUACAUCCACACCUGUCUUGAGCAAGCACAACGACAAUGAUUUCUUCAACAUUGACAUUUCCACAGUUGUGCCCGACGCCUCUUACAAAUAUGAGCUUCCGGUGAAACCUCUAGAUUCCGUUUAUGCGAAUCCAGACAACUGCUACAACCCGUUACUUGUCAAGGAAGAACCAUACACGGAUGGGAUCGUCAAUCAGUUUUCGAAAAAACCAAUUAGGAGUUCUGAGGCAACCGAACAGCCUGAAAUCGAGAACAUUCAUGAAUUUAACAUAUCACUUGACCGAACUCUACAUGGCAGCGUCGAAGCAGAGAACACAGAAGUGGAGUGCCAUGCUAAUGAAGCUACGCACAAACGGAGAAUGUAUGACGGCAUAGCUGCAGACUCCUCAAAGCUUGGUAAUGUUGAAAGCCAUAGAGAAGCACACUUGACGAGGAAAUCACCAAUGACACCACAGAAAGUUAUCCUUGACUUGGACACGCACGAGGGUUUACUUGAGGCUGUGACUGGUCAUGAGAUUGUGGCUGAUGAGAAACUGACGAGCAACGCCAGAUCUCCUUGCAGUAAUCACGCUCCAGCUGCCAGCGCUGGCAGAAACUCUGGACGCAAGAAUAGGAUGGAUCCUAAGGAUUUACAAACACAACAUACCACAAAACAUAAUUCAACAGUCACGGACAAUUUGGGCGAAGAAGAACGAGCAAUUCAGUGCCAGAUCCCGGUAACCCAGUUUUCAGACUUUUUGAAACAUUAG